CUUUAUACAUUACCAGUCACCAGAACACCGACGUAACGAACCAACAGCUCAUCCUCAAUCCAAAACGUCACUGGCUAAAACUGCAGCCUACCCACUCCACAAGAUGGCCUUAAUGCCCAAUUAACCAUCUUUAAUCUCCCCAUAAUCCUCCAUUAACAACCCAUAAGAUAAAACCCCAAUCCGAGAUCUCUGCUUGGAUGCUAGCUUAUCUUCUGCAACCAUGAAAGCUCUCACCAAUGUGGAUCUCUUCAAAACCCCUCUGGUUCUCAAGAUCACGGCCUUCAUUUUAAUCUUCAUCACAUUCUUCUACUUGGGUAGGCACUGGUCUUCCAAUGGCUACCAGCAACUCAUCUUCUUUUCUUCAGCCCCGCAAAAAUCCGUCGCUGUUUCGCCUAACUUCAAUAAGUCCUUUAAUAUCACUGCUCUCAUCGCCCAAACUCAAUCCCAAACCUCUCCACUUCAACCGCCACCGAUGACGACAGAUCAGUCUUCGCUGUUUGAUAUGAAUCGGACGUUUGGGAUUCUUGACAGUGAUGGGAGAAUGAGGAAUGAGUUUGAGGUUGGGGAGUUCGAUCCGGAGGUUCUGGAGAAUUGGGGGAAUGAGACUGGAGUUGAGAGUGGUGAGAAAGAUGUUAGUAUCAGGGUUAAGAGAUUUGAGCUUUGCCCGGAGAGUAUGAGAGAGUAUAUUCCGUGUUUGGAUAAUGUGGAGGCGAUUAAGAGGUUGAAUUCGACGGAGAGAGGUGAAAAGUAUGAACGGCAUUGCCCGGAGGAAGGGAAAGGAUUGAAUUGUUUGGUCCCGCAGCCGAAAGGCUACCGACAGCCAAUUCCGUGGCCGAGGAGUCGAGAUGAGGUAUGGUAUAGCAAUGUUCCUCACACUCGUUUAGUUGAAGAUAAAGGAGGUCAAAACUGGAUUUCUAAAGUGAAAGACAAGUUUAAGUUUCCUGGUGGUGGUACCCAGUUCAUACAUGGGGCAGAUCAAUAUUUGGAUCAGAUUAAUAAGAUGGUCCCUGAUAUUGCAUUUGGUAGUCAUACUCGGGUUGUUCUGGAUGUUGGAUGUGGUGUGGGAAGUUUUGGUGCCUAUUUGCUAUCAAGGAAUGUAUUAACUAUGUCAAUAGCUCCCAAGGAUGUUCAUGAGAACCAAAUUCAGUUUGCUCUUGAGCGCGGUGUACCUGCAAUGAUUGCAGCAUUUGCUACUCACCGUUUGUUAUUUCCAAGUCAAGCCUUUGAAGUAAUACAUUGUUCAAGAUGUAGAAUCAAUUGGACUCGUGAUGAUGGAAUCCUGCUCCUUGAGGUCAAUAGGAUGCUUCGGGCAGGAGGAUACUUUGCUUGGGCAGCACAGCCAGUUUAUAAGCAUGAGCAAAUUCUAGAGGAACAGUGGGAAGAGAUGCUUAACCUUACCACUCGUCUUUGCUGGACACUUGUUAAGAAGGAGGGAUAUAUUGCAAUAUGGAAGAAACCCUUCAACAACAGCUGCUACCUAAGCCGUGAAGCAGGAAUAAAGCCUCCUUUGUGUGAUCCAAACGAUGACCCUGACAAUGUUUGGUAUGUUGAUCUGAAGGCAUGCAUUACUCGAAUUCCUGAAGAUGGAUAUGGAGCAAAUGUCGCCAAAUGGCCUGACCGUUUGCACACCGCACCUGAUAGGCUCCAGAGCAUACAAAUGGAUGCUGACAUGUCCAGAAAAGAGCUAUUCAAGGCGGAAUCAAAAUACUGGUCUGAAAUAAUAGCCAGCUAUGUACGUGCUUGGCAUUGGAAGAAGUUCAAAUUAAGAAACGUAUUGGAUAUGAGAGCCAGCUUUGGAGGAUUUGCAGCUGCACUAAUUGACCAAGGAUUUGAUUGCUGGGUUCUGAAUGUGGUUCCUGUUAGUGGGCCCAAUACCUUGCCUGUUAUAUAUGAUCGUGGACUUCUAGGAGUGAUGCAUGAUUGGUGUGAACCAUUUGAUACGUACCCAAGAACCUAUGAUUUAUUGCAUGCAGCUGGGCUCUUCUCUAUUGAAAGGAAAAGAUGUAAUAUCUCUACCAUCAUGCUUGAGAUGGAUCGCAUACUCAGACCUGGUGGUCGGGCAUACAUUCGUGACUCCCUCAAUGUCAUGGAUGAACUUCAAGAGACAGCAAAGGCCAUGGGUUGGCAUGUCGCAUUGCAUGAUACAUCUGAGGGUCCACAUGCAAGUUAUAGGAUCUUGAUCUGUGACAAACAACUAUUGCAUCGUUGAGCAAUUGGCAUACCAAAAUUGACUUGUUCUCUUAAAGGUAACUGUAAAGAUCACACCAACAAGACUUAAUAGCAUCCCAUUAACGUAAAUGUUGAAAAGACAACAGUCGAAAGAGUUUAUUGCAGAUGGAAGAAAUGUUUCAUUCUAUAGCAAGUAUGCCGUUGGAUGAUUAAAAUUCUUUAACGUCCCAUCCUUUCAUUUUGGUGCCUUAUGUUGGAUGUGGUUGCUGAUAUGGCCAAAUCUGGGCAGCUGAGAGAUGGUGCAUAAAAGAGAGAACUAUGCUAGAGCUUUGUAAAGUGUAAAACAGGAUCUCAUAGUUUUAAAGUAAAGGCAUUUGUAUUAUUUAUUCUUAUAUCGGAUUGACACGAAAAAAAUAUAUAUAUUCUUUCAAUAUA